GCGUUUUUGGCUCUAAAGUCCGCAGACCUCCGAAGCGCUCGUCAGUUUUCCAAGUUAGAGCCAUGGCGACAACAGCUCAGUACAUCCCGAGGAAUAACUCCUUACCGUCCAACCCGCUCAUGCAUCCGGAUUCGGACAGGAUGCACCAGGGUACGACCUACAGAGAGGUGCAGAAAAUGAUGCACCACGAGUACCUGCAGGGGCUCGCGGCCACCAAUACGGGGCAUCCGAUGAGCCUCACGCACCACCAGUGGCUGCCCACUUCCAACACCGACUGGUCCAGCGGUACUCACAUCGGCCAGCAAGAGCACAAAGCCGGGGUUCAGGCCAGCAGGGAGGACCUGAGCAGCGGCUUCCACCACAGAUCUCACCUGGUGCAUCAGCAGACGCAGAGCGCGCACCACGGUUCGUGGGCGCCCGCCACGACGCACCACCUGUCUCCGCUGUCCCCUGCGUCCAACGGCCACCAGUCGCUGGUCUACUCCCAGCCCGGAUACACAAACCUCAACGCGAUGUUAAGCCCGCAGCCUGGUGCCCUCCACCACGGCAUGCGGGACCCGCUCCACGACGAGACGGGCAGCCACGAUAACCAGAUGGAAUCGCCCCAGCAAGCGUUCAGUCACCACCAGGACCACUCGGACGAGGACGCGCCAAGCUCCGACGACCUGGAGCAGUUCGCCAAGCAGUUCAAGCAGCGGCGGAUCAAGCUGGGCUUUACUCAGGCGGACGUGGGCUUGGCCUUGGGCACCCUGUACGGAAACGUCUUUUCUCAGACCACUAUCUGCAGGUUCGAGGCGCUGCAGCUCAGCUUCAAGAACAUGUGCAAACUUAAGCCACUGCUUAACAAGUGGCUGGAGGAGACAGACUCAAACACCGGCAGCCCCACCAAUUUGGACAAGAUCGCCGCGCAGGGCAGGAAACGAAAGAAGAGGACCUCCAUUGAGGUGGGGGUGAAAGGGGCGCUGGAGAACCACUUCUUGAAAUGCCCAAAGCCAUCCGCUCAUGAAAUCAGCACUUUAGCCGGCACUCUGCAGCUGGAAAAAGAAGUGGUCCGCGUUUGGUUUUGCAACAGAAGACAAAAAGAGAAAAGAAUGACACCAGUUGGGGUCCCGCACCCGAAUAUGGAGGACGUUUAUUCCCAGGCAGAGACCCCUCCUCUACACCGCACACUACAGAGUCCUGUGCAGUGACUGUUUUCAUGAACAAUCCGAGCAUUUAGAAAGAAGAAAAAAAAAAGAGAAAGGGACACGUGGAGUUUUACAGUAUUUAAGUUGAACUGUUUUGCUGAGAGACAGAAAAAAACGACACUGGAUCAAUUUUUUUUUUCCUUUUAGUUUUCGGAAAUUAAGUCCAAUAAAAUAAAUAUCAGACGGGAUCAUGAUAGGAAAACUGAAAUAAAAUCAAUAAAUCAAAUUUCCUGUUAAAUGAAAUCAAAGAUAUAUUUACAAAAAUCAAAGAGAGGAGAAAUGUAUCUGAUGGAAAGUUUGCAGUUUUGAAAUAUUGAACCUGAUCUCCUCCUCCUGGUGCACCAUGAACUCUUGGACAUCACCAGAAUGAGGUGAUCAUUUAAAAUGAUCAACACUGGAGAUGAAUUAACUUUUUUUGCGCUUUUUUUCAGGCUCAAAUUGCUCAACCAGAUUUCUAAAUACGAGUGCACACGUUUUUGUUUUUUUGCCAAUAAUUGCCCAAGUGUCUUUAUCUGCAAGUGUUUCGAAUUUUCUUCAUAAUUUGUUCAUCAGAGCAUCCUGUUUCUGUCUUAUUUUUGUUUGUAUCCUUGAUGGUGUAUACAUGUUGGGAAGUCGUUUCUCGAUAUUGAACAGCUCGUUAAAAAUGUCAGAUACAUUUCAGUUAAAGCCCGAUGCAGAACGAUUAAAGUUGCAAAGGCAUGCCUUAGUAAUAAGAAAUAUGCUAGAAGUAAAUAAAAAUAAUAACAUUUUUCAGCUGAUCUUGUCAAAAUGUGCAAAUUGCAUCAGACGCUAAAUGGAUAAUUCUUUGAAUUCGUAUUUUAUAUUGUUUUAUUGUUUUUUCUUUAAAUUAAGCACUUAUUCUUUCAUUUUUUCUAUUAUUGUUAUUCUAUUGACUGCUUAUAAAAAUAAUCUUUAUGUCACCCCUUACACUGUCUGCUAAUCAGCUGGAAUUCAAACGUUUCAAGAAAACAUUUGGUCUAACAGUAAAAACGGGGACUAACUCAGGUAACUGCAGAAUAUAUCACGCCUGUACAUGUUUUGCCGUUUGGGUCCGGUUUCAUUUCCACAAUUAACUUUGUUCCAUAGAAAAUUAGCAAUUUUUUAAAAGGAUCUGCUUGGGGGAAAAAAAGUCGACAAAAACAAUGUUUGUUUGUUUUUUUUAACCUUUAUUUUCUCCUCUGACUUGUAAGGAAAUCUGAAUUCUCAUGCGAUGUGUCAUUUCUCAGUGUUGGAUCAGUAAAAAAAAAAAAAAAAAAAGAAAGAAAAAAAAUAUAACAAAUGAAUGAAAAUAAAUAAUACAGCAGUUCUUUUCAACACAGAUGAGAGAUACUUUCUUUUCUUUUUUUUUUUUUUAAGAAAAAAUAACGAGAAUAAUAAUUAAAAAGAAACGUUUUAGAGAAAAUGUUGUCAGGAUUAUUUCCGAUCUGUAAAUAUGUCUAAUAUGUAAACUUGUAUUUGUUCUGAGAUAUUGUUUUUGUUCUUUACUUUUGUUUGUUUCUUUCCGGGCAGUUUUGUACACUUACUAAUUCCAAGAAGAUAUUUUAAUAUGAUUUCCUUUAUGAAUCUGACCAUUUAUAUAUAUAAAUAUUUAUUUCUUAAAAGUGUUUGGAGCUCUUUUUGUUUGUUUAGCUCUGUUGAUGGUUUUGUUGCAGUGGAUUUCCUUUUUUUGUUUUAUUUUUUCUUAAUGACAUUGGUUGUUUGUUGAUUGCUAAAUGUAGACUGCAAAGUCACGUUUAUAUUUAUGUUAUAGUAAUAUUUUAUUACUUACAUAAAACAUAUAUACAAGAAAUGGUCUUUUGUCUUCAUUGGGAUCCAAAGCAGUCGCUGUUUUGUUGCCGUUUAUUGUAGAGCAUCAGCAGGCAAACAUGAAGCUGAGGCAGAUCAGACUUUUUUUUUUUCCUUUUUUUUUUUCUUUAGGUAGCAGUGAUUGGUUAUGUAACAAGGCAUCGUUUGAAAGCAGAAGCUGUGUGUACAUGUGCUGUUUAAGGGAACUGACAACAGUAUUUGACCUCAGGCAUUCCCUGCUAACUUCAGUCUGUGACGCUCUUCAAAUCUUUGUGUAAACGCAGAAUUAAAUUGUGCAAUAUUAAUA